AGUAAGUUAUUUUGUGGAAAUAGUUAUGUUGCUAAAGGUAAGGUAAUGGCUGAUCGAUUAUGGAUCAUUGGAUUGAAUCCUUUUGAUCUGCGAGGAAACUCUUUGUUGCAUGAGAUCGACCUUCAUAAUUUGAUAAAGCAAUCGGAUAGAAAAUCGCCACCGCUGCUCAUUCGUAUUGGCCAACUUCAUGCAUUUCUAGCUCAAGGCAAAACUCUUUACGUAUUCUGCAUAUUAACCGAGGAACGGAAAACAGUGGAAUUUGCGGAUAGUAUAGUUGCUUUAGAAGUCUGCAACAAGUAUUGCCUGAUCUUACUUGAAACCGGGCGUAUCAUAAAGUACGAUUCCAAUGAGGAUCGAUCGGUAACACUUGAUUUUCUGGGAGUUGAAGAUAAAGGACAGCCCGAUGAAGAACUCGACGAGGUCGUUACACAUUUGAGUUGCGGAGAACAUGUCGCCGUAGCGUGUUCCACGAAGAACACCGUCUAUAAUAUUCCCAACAAGACCGUUAUCCUUCCGAAACACGUGCGCGUUUCGAAAAUAGUAUCAGGAUUCGAACACAGCCUACUGCUCACAAGGAAUGGAGACGUUUACAGCUGGGGUGCUGGAUUACGCGGUCAGCUAGGAAAUGGGGAAAUUUCCACCUCCCAGGACCAACCACAACUCAUCGAUGCACUAGCCGGUGUGAAGAUCGUGGACAUCGCUGCGGCCGGUUGGCAUUCAUCUGCCGUUUCAUCGUUUGGAGAUCUGUAUACGUGGGGCUGGAACAAUCAGGGUCAGUUGGGGUUAGUAGAAGCAAAGUUCCAGGGUAGAGUGGUUUCGCAACCCCAACUCAUAACCUUUGCCGAUGACCAGGACAUCUCAGUGACGAGAGUUCAUUGUGGAAUUGGACAUACAGUAAUAGAAGUGAAAGAGGCGGGUGAGACUGAAGAGAGUAUAUUAAUAGCAGGGUGUGAUUUACGAGAACGAUUCAAAUACGAUCGUGCGACUGUUGCUCCUUCAUUCGAAGGUUUCCGUAAACUGCUUCCACCAAUCUCGCCAACAGAAUGUGAAAGACCAUUGGAAAUCGGUACAGGACCGUAUCAGGUGUACUUCCUGCAACGAAGUGAGGGUGUACAAUAAGUAAAAAAGCUGUGUAAAUACUACACAGUGUCCUUGGCCCCAUUUUGUGUCACUGCCAUGUCCGAGUGGAAUAUAAUAAAUGAUAAACGCUUAAAUAAACCAACAAACUAUCCCGCGGAUAC